CUUUCCUUUUUCAUAGCAACCCCCGACUACAUUAUUAUUAUUCUCCUCCCCUCUCACUCCAACUACUCCAACACACACACACUCUCUCUCCUCAACCUCAAGCUUUAGCUUCCGUCAAUGGCGAUUCCUGAAAACCUAACCAGAGAUCAGUCUCUCUACCUCGCAAAGCUCGCUGAGCAAGCCGAGCGUUACGAGGAGAUGGUUACCUACAUGGACAACCUCGUAACCUCCGCCGUCGGAGAACUCACCGUCGAAGAGCGGAAUCUCCUUUCCGUCGCCUAUAAAAAUGUCAUCGGAUCUCUACGCGCUGCCUGGAGAAUCGUUUCGUCGAUUGAACAGAAGGAGGAGAGCCGCCGCAACGAUGACCAUGUCCCCCUCGUUAAAUCUUACCGUUGUAAAGUUGAAUCGGAGCUUUCAACUAUUUGUGCGUCCAUAUUUAAGCUCUUGGACUCGCAUCUCAUACCGUCCGCUACCGCUACGGAAUCAAAGGUGUUUUAUUUGAAGAUGAAGGGUGAUUAUCAUCGUUAUUUGGCUGAGUUUUUGUCUGGUGAUGACCGUAAGAAAGCUGCUGAAGAAACUAUGGUUGCUUAUAAGGCUGCUCAGGAUAUUGCACUUGCUGAUCUUGCUCCCACACAUCCGAUCAGAUUGGGGCUUGCACUGAAUUUCUCCGUGUUCUACUUUGAAAUACUUAACUCAGCUGAAAAAGCAUGUAGUUUGGCAAAACAGGCUUUUGAGGAAGCCAUAGCUGAGCUGGAUACGUUGGGUGAAGAGUCCUAUAAAGACAGCACACUCAUAAUGCAACUCUUGCGGGAUAAUCUCACUCUUUGGACAUCAGAUAUGCAGGAUCAAAUGGACGAGGCAUAGAUGGGUAGGUAAACUCACAAAGUCCGCAUCUUGAAUGUCAUUAAUUUGCUGUCAUCUGGACAGAAAGACUAUGCACAGAACGUUUGUAAAUGAAAUUUGUAAGAUUAUCCAGUGAAGUUUUUAGCUUUGAUGGCAAUUUAUUAUGAGUAAAUAAUACUGUAUUAGACAGACAACCGCUGUGCUCUUCUGAAACAGCGUGAUAGUUGUCUUCUCUAAUUGUAAUAUUAAGACUUGGUAUGCAAGUUUUUCAUUGUCUGUUAUUACA